AUGUUGAACCUAUAUGAUCAACUGCGAGCCGGGUCUCGCUGGUUCGACUUGCGUGUUUCCAGCAUUCAUCAGGUUGUCAACUGUUGCGGCAACUACGACUUCUGGACGAUGCACGUGGCUGAUGAGGUUGCGGACGUCGUACUUGGGAGAACGGGAGAGAAAUUGGACGACGUCAUCAAGGAAAUUAAUCGAUUCACGGAUGAGAAUCCUGGCGAGGUCAUCUUCUUGCAGUUCCGCUAUCUGCUUGGUGUCCGCAAUGUGCCGAGCUAUGGCCCCAUCUACUGGGAUGAAGGUAUCAAGAACAAGUUCUUCGACAAACUCAAAGAGAUCAAAAAUCGGUGCCCUGGACUUGGUAAGAGUUUGCAAACGUCGAAGAUUGGCGAUUUGAUGGACAAGAAUGAUAACAAGGGCUGCGUGCUUAUCUUCUUGAACACCCAGCAUCUGUCUAAGGAGAUUCCUGAUGACCGCAAGCAUACUUCAAUCGGCGAGGGCAUCUAUAACAUCAAUCAUAUCGACUUGACUGAUGCGUGGCCUGAAAAGGAAGAUACGAAAGAGAUGGCUGAAAAGGCGAUAAAGAUGUGGAGAGGAAGGCCAGAUGGCAUUUUCCACAUCGGCCAGUGGCUCAGUACACCGCAUCCCUUGACAUCGACGUUUACCUACGACCUCCAGUCAAUCGCCGUUCUGCCUACCAACCCCGCACUCUACUGGAAGGGCGUGAAUGAGAUCUCGUACGAAUACUACCCCAACGUCCUCUUGGUCGACUACAUUGGCAUGGUGAUCAAGAAUGAGCCUGGAUGGGAUUCGUUGAGUGCUGAGUUGUAUACUCUGGCGAUCGGUCUUAACUUGUACACAAUCAGCGAGAACUGCACCAUCAGCCCGAGAAGGUCCCCUUUACUCGCAAGUCCGAAGAAUUUAAGGAAGCCUCCGAGCCCCUUAGUAUCGCAAUUCAACGGCAUAAUUUAUGCGAAUGGGACGACUGUUAAUGACCCGCCGCUUGGCCUUCAUCCGGGUCGCGUCGAGGUUUUGAAGAACGGCACAAUUUUCAGCAAUGGCACAGUCCUGGAAGAGAGUGUACCCAACCCGGACUUCAACUCUAUUCGUCAUAAUCAAAUGUGCGAAUCCCAAACCUGCCCUCUCUGGCCAGGCCCAUGUCUUUUCUUGCCAAUUAGGGCCUCGCUCAUAUUUGCUUUGCCUCCUUGGCGCAUUACUCUGAAGGGCUUGAUCGUGUAUAAGAGACAAAGCCCAAGCACAUUUCCAGGCCCGAAAUCCCUUCUCAUGUCUUCUACCAUCACAGAAUCCGUUCCGGCCACAACCACUGAACACCUCGCCAUAACCACGCCUUUCGUGCAGCCGCCAGACUGUUCAAACCAAUGGACUACGACAAAAACGUCGCACCGGUCUCUUGUUUCAAUCUCCGGCAGCGAAGUAUACCGCGACGUCAUAUCGAAGGUCUCUGUCUCUGCUCCCUCAUCAUCAUGCUAUCCCUCUGGAUGGGACCGCGUCGCAGAGUACAGCCGGCUCAAUUUCAGCCCGGGCGUGUGCCCCGAAGGAUGGACGUAUUAUAGCAUGGCACACACAUACACCGAGGGCCCUACAUCAGCUUACUGCUGCAAUAGGUUGGCUUGCACCAUUUUCUUCAUCACUGCAAAUCUUGCUUGUCGUGUCUAUGACUUGACCGCUGACUAG